CGUCCGCACAGCGCCAUGGCUGCCCUCCGCGCCCUGCUGCCCCGCGUCCGCGGCCCGCUGCGCCCCCUCCCCGGCUCCGCGGCCUUGCGCCCCUUCUCUUCGGGUGCUGGCUUUCAGUACAUCAUCGCAGAAAAGAAGGGGAAGAACAGCAACGUGGGCUUCAUCCAGCUGAACCGCCCCAAAGCCCUGAAUGCCCUCUGCAACGGCCUGAUUACCGAGCUCAACCAGGCCCUGGAGGCCUUCGAGGAGGACCCAGCCGUGGGGGCCAUUGUCGUCACGGGUGGGGAGAAGGCGUUUGCAGCCGGAGCUGAUAUCAAAGAGAUGCAGAACCAGACGUUCCAGGACUGUUACUCCAGGAAGUUCUUGAGCCACUGGGACCGGCUUGCGCAAGUCAAGAAGCCGAUCAUAGCUGCUGUCAAUGGCUACGCCCUUGGUGGAGGCUGCGAACUUGCUAUGAUGUGUGACAUCAUUUAUGCUGGAGAAAAGGCCCAGUUUGCACAGCCGGAAAUCCUGCUGGGAACCAUCCCAGGUGCAGGGGGCACCCAGAGACUGACCCGCGCUGUUGGAAAGUCAUUGGCCAUGGAGAUGGUUCUCACUGGUGAUCGGAUCUCGGCCCAGGACGCCAAGCAAGCAGGUCUCGUCAGCAAAAUAUUUCCUGUGGAGAGACUGGUCGAGGAGGCCAUCCAGUGUGCUGAGAAAAUCGCCAGCAAUUCUAAAAUCGUACUGGCAAUGGCCAAAGAAUCCGUGAACGCAGCUUUUGAAAUGACAUUAACAGAAGGAAACAAGCUGGAGAAGAAGCUCUUCUAUUCAACUUUCGCUACCGAAGACCGGAAGGAAGGGAUGACCGCGUUUGUGGAAAAGAGAAAAGCCAACUUCAAAGACCAGUGAGCAGCACUGCCUCCGCCUUGAGCCCUCCACUUAAAGACAAGUUGCAGCCUGACCGUCUUUGAGCAGAUAAAUCCUUCUCUCGUAAAGGGCCGCACGGGUGACACCAGUUUCUCUUCGCCAGCCGGGCUCUUGCUCCCCUGGGUGGCGGGCCGUCUUCACCCAGCGGCCGUGAGAACCCAGGCGGGGGCAUGUUCACGCUCUCACUGAACCUGUUCUUAAUCAGAAGUUACGGGGGCGCCUGGGUGGUGCACUGGGUUAAGUGACUGACACCCAGCCCAGGUCAUGUCUCAGGGUUGUGGGAUCGAGCCCCACGGAGGGCCCUGCUCAGCAGGGAGCCUGCUUUAGGUUCUCGAUCCCUCUGCCCCCCCCCCACUUGGGUGCGUGCGCUCGCUCGCACACUCGCUCAGAUCAAUAAAAAUCUUUCUAACAGUUCUGCUCAUGA